AUGUCCACAUGCGGGUGGCAGUUGCCUCAAGGAGCCCGCCUCAAUACAAGUUCCGACGUGUUCAGCAUGACGUCCAUCAUUCCGUCUGCAUACGGCGAUAUGCCCCACUCAACGCUGAUCAGGAUCAUCUUCAUGGGCACAGAGCUUCACGACGUACCGGACACUCUGAAUGUGUGGGCCAAGCAGUGCAGUCUACAAGCUUGCGUGAAGACGCUCUCUUCGUCGGUUGUGAACGGCACACUCCAAGAGAACGUCACUCACACAAUGCUGAACCAAACGGUUGUCGACAUGAGCUCACCUGACUCAGAAUCGGAGUACGACGUGUAUAUCAAAGGCGGUUCGGACGAUCUCUAUCUUUUUGGAAUGGGUGCUCUUCUUAGUAUCCGCGGCUGGUUUGGUGCGAUCUUCACGAAUGGAUCGGCCACCAGGACCACGACGGACUUCACUCGCAGCGUCACCGAUCCGGAUCGUGCCGUAGUUGUGAACCUUACCGUGGGCAUCUCCUCUGGCGAAACGUUCUUCGACACAGAUAUCGUCACGGCAUUCUACUGGAACUACUACGAGUACGCUGAUGGUCUCAAUAUGCUAAUGAGCGACCUGGCAGUGUCAAUGACCACCGCGUUUCGUGGAUUCACGGGUGCAGAGCCUGUGAACGGAAAAUCGAGUUCGUUAGAGUCCUACGUGCACGUAAGGUGGGGCUUCGCAAUCCUCCCAGUAGCGAUCGUCUUGGCAACGGUUCUGUUCUUGAUUGCAUCGAUGGUUAUGACGCGGAGUUCAGAAACAAAGCUAUGGAAGAGCAGUGCAUUGGCAACUCUAUUCCAUGGGUUGGACCACGAUACGAGAGCAAUGUUUGAUUUGAACGAUAAUCUGGAGCAGGAGAAAAAGCAAGCGAACGAGGUCAGAGUUAGGCUGAAGCGGGAUGCUCCUGAUGGAACUUUGCUAAGGGCUGAAAAGAUGGCUUGCUAA